AUGGAGCACGAUAUACAGGCGAGUCGAACAAAUUACCAACCUCUUUACGCGCUGUUGACGCGUCUCGCGUCGGGUCGUCCUUCAGCAAGUCAGCACAUAAACAGCCCUCAACAUCACAACCAACCAGCAACCAUGUCAAACUAUGGAUACAGUGGUGCUGGCAGCGGUGGCGGCGGCGGAUACUCCACGACCUCGUACGGCGCACAAGGCGGGGCCGAUGGAGGAGGAUUCAUGGGAGGUUCACAACAAGGGAGUCAGGAAAGUCCAGGAGGAAAUAAGACCUACGGAAAAGAUACAUUACGUCCAGUCACCAUCAAGCAGAUCAUCGAUGCCCAGCAACCCCAUCCCGACAGCGACUUUAAGAUAGACGGCUCAGAGGUAACCCAACUAACAUUCAUCGGCCAAAUCAACCAAAUCUCGUCGCAAGCGACCAACACGACAUACAAGCUCGACGACGGCACGGGUCUAAUCGAAGUUAAGCAAUGGGUCGACAGCGACGCCGAUCCGGACGCCGCGAAAGAUUUCCCCAAGGAGGGCGAGUACCUGCGCGUCUGGGGCCGCCUGAAGGCGUUCAACAACAAGCGCCAUGUUGGCGCACACAUGAUUCGCCCCGUCAAGGACUUCAACGAGGUUAGCUACCACCUGCUCGAGGCCACGGCCGUACACCUGUAUUUCACACGUGGCCCGCCAGAGUUGAAUGGAGUGAAGAGCGAGGGCGGCAAUGGCAUGUUUGUGGAUAGCAACGCGGGCGCCAACGGGGCAAUGGGCGGCCAGACGAAGAAGCUGCCGCCCAAGAUGACCUCCAUUGCGAAGAGGGUCUAUGAGGUGCUGAAGAACUCUCCGCAAAAUAAUGAAGGGAUGCACGUUCAUCUUAUUGCGUCGCAGCUGGGGGUCAAUCCGAACGAGGUCUUCAAGGCGGGUGAUGAGCUGCUUGGCGAGGGAGCGAUAUACACGACGGUGGAUGAUGAGACGUGGGCCGUGCUGGAAUAUUAG